UUGUGUUAGUAGUGUUGCCACCUCUUUGCCUGAGGUCACAGCUUAUGGAAAAUGGCUCAGUUUGAUGACUUACUAUUAGAAGUUGGAGAAAUCGGCUGGUACCAAAUUGCCCUGACUCUAAUCAUUGGCAUAGGAUGGGAGCUCAGUGCAGCGUGGACUAUGAUGAUUAUGAUAUUUAUUGGGACUGACCCCGGUUGGAUUUGUGCUGACAAUACCACGAUCGGGAAUGACUCAUCAACUAUCGCAACGCCGUCUCUACAUUAUACAGACAGCCCUCUAUCAAACCUGUCCGCGCCCACAGUAAAGAAACCAGACGCAUGUGACGUGUGCUCGAGCUAUGAAUUCAGCAAGGAAUUCACCUCUAUUGUGACAGAAUGGGAAUUGGUUUGUGAGCAUGGCUUCAUUAGUGACACAAUCACGUCGGUUCAAAUGGCGGGUGUGUUUGUCGGAUCUCUACUAUUUGGGCAGCUGAGUGAUUUGUUUGGGAGAAAGAAGCCGCACUUCUUGGCUAUUGUCGGUGGAAGCAUCAUUGGCGUGGCCCAGGCAUUUGCUACAAGCUGGGUAGUUUUUGCAGUUUGUCGCUUUUGCAGUGGGGUCUUUACUGCAGGAACCAUUGUCGUUGGUGGGUUGUAUGGGAUCGAAUACCUGGGUCCUAAAUACCGUCAUAUCCCUAUGACGUUUGGGUUAUGGACGAGUUUUUCGUUGCUCUUAUUGGCGUUUGCAUACUUUAUCCGCAACUGGCGCCAUCUGCUUUUGGUUGCCUCUGCACCUGGUCUUGCUGUUGUUGCAAGUUGGUGGUUCCUACCCGAGAGUCCUCGAUGGCUUCUUAGUCAGGGGCGCUAUAAAGAGGUCACGAGCAUCGUAAAGAGAAUUGCCAAGAGCAACAAAAAACCUGAGCCGGAUAUGGGAAAAUUCAUUAAAGAAUAUGAAAGUCAGACGCCGAAUGCUGAACACGGGGUGAAGUAUGGCUAUUGGGACCUCUUCCGUACACCCACCCUAGCUAAGCAAACCCUCAUCUUCUGCUUUUCAUGGUUUUGCAUGAGCCUGAUUUCGUACGGUGCUGUAUUCAACGUAAAGAAUUUACCUGGCAAUAAAUUUGUCAACAUGGCAGUGAAUUUUGCUAUUGGUUAUUUUCUGCCCAUUGCUCUUCUUGGUCUUCCCAGGUGGUUUGGGCGCAAGACAAUUACUAUCGCAAGUUUUCUUAUAGCAGCUGUCAGCUUUAUACCAAUCCUGGUGAUAUAUAUCAUUGGCAAAUCUGAAGAGCUAUGGGUAUUGAUAAUUGUAUUGACUACAAUUGGAACAACAGCAGUGGGCAUGGCUUGGCAGGUGUUUGUGUUACUCAAACUGGAAACCUAUCCAACUGCAAUAAGGAACAUCGGAAUUGGUUUCUCAUCGAUGUUUGCGCGCAUUGGAGGAAUUCUGGCUCCCCAGAUGGCUUAUUUUAGCACGUUUUGGAAACCAAUUCCAUUUGUGAUAAGUGGUAUCCUCGCUGUGGCUUGUGCUGUUGUCACUUACCUGUUGAAGGAAACGAAAAAUAAAGUCUUGAUAGAUACAGUCCCUGACAGAGAGUGGUGCCUCUGUUGUAGCAGAAAUAAUAUGGACGAUACCAGAAAUGACGCAAAUGAACUCGUCUCAAAAGUUUCAAGUGUGUAAAACGUACAUAAAAGCGAAGCUACGAGGGUAAUUAACUGUGGUGGAACUUUUUAUUUAACUGCAGCAGUAUUUCAUUGCCUUGUCUGUCGACACCAUUUUUGUUGCGCAGCUAUACGAAGUCAUCAAUUACAAAGUCAUCUUCAUGUUACACUGAAAUGACAUGCUCUGUUUAAAAUGCAUUGAUGUCACUUUGAAAAAGAUUCACUGUUAAAGAAAGGUGAUACUCUAGCGCCACACGUUCAUCUCUGAUGUCUUCACCUGUAAUGAUACGUUUGGUUUGUACAAUGGCGCAGUUUUUUAUUAGUGGUAAAACAUAGUUGUACACACAGGCUAAUGGAAACUCAUCUGUACUGAUAAUGCAUAUAUUUACAGUGUCAAAAAGCAGAGUUUAAACAGAGAGAAAUCGCAUACGACUGUUUAUGUAAAGUUCGGUGGACACAUGUACCGAAUGUUAUCACAUGAAAAUAUUUUAUCGCUGAGUGACAUCGAUAUUAUCAUUGAAAUAACAUUUUAAUGCACUUGGGCAAUAGUAAAUUCUAUGAUUGAUAAAGGUACUCGACUCGGUAAACAUAAAUAUCUUCUUUUCCUUAUACAGCAGAAAAAUGUUUCAUGAGAACUGCAUGUAGUUAGAUCGUAUGCUUUUAAACCGCGCACUGCUGAAAGGGAUUCUAUGUCAUUAGCGGCAAACGUUAAUGGACGUGUGCAUAUGUUAUCAAUUACCUCUUCUUUAAACCCCGACUUAAGGAUAUUGUAACCCUUUAUUAUCACCCAGAUACCGAAAAUGACUUUUUUCCUGCAUCGCAUUAUCCAAUAAUGCAUAGAUCUAUCUUUGUGCUGAUUUAAAACAAUGAAAAACUCGAAAAUAUAAAAUAUUGGCGUUUAUAUUUUCUCGUUGCAAUGUUUAAGUAUAGGCAACGCAAAACUUUAAUCGUCUAUGUAACACCUUUUUUAUUUUGAGGUGAGAUAGCAAUCGGUAUGGGGCGUAACUUCAUCCCUGAACAAGAUUCUGUUAUCACGAAAACUGACUUAAUGGACUGGAAGUGCAUGAGCUACAAUCCCGCGCUAGCGUUUUGGUUUAAAUGCUUUUGUUAUGGAAUUAUGAACCCGUAAUUACAGGUUUUCAUUAAACAAAGAUAUUAUUUGGCUUUACCAACGAUAAAAUCUUAACUAAGACCUUCAGAAAAAAUUGCUGGCGGGGCUUUGGAGUACUGAAUGUUGUCAUUAAAAUGGCGUUGAAACGGUAAUCAUGGGGGUUCAGAUAUAAGAGAUAUUUGAGAAACCGAUUUUUCCGUUUUUACCCCAAAAUCGCAAUUGUUACGUCACCUGUAAGACGGCAUGUGUAAAUGUUACUUAAUUUAGUCACUGAUCACUGAAUAUGUAUUUAAUACCCAAAAGAAUUUAUGUAAGGCAGUAAAUAAGAAGUAUGGGGCGAAGGG